CACCGAAAUGUGCGUUUCUUUACUUUGUUUGAUACCAACAAUGUUCUACAUCCCUAAUAUUAAUCAUCAACAGGGUUGCAAUAAACGAAAGAAAUUAUAUUGGCACAUUAAUUUUUUGUGUAUGCAAUUGUUAUAAUGUAAACAAUUCAUUUUAGAUUACUUAUAAAAAACUCGUAAAUAAAUCACUGCACUUAUAAGCUGAAGUGCAAGUUAUAAUAUUUAUGCUUACUAUUUUAGCCAGUAGAUAUCAUCUAUGACGAACAAUCAGCGGUCAGUCAUCGAUUGCUGCUGUCAGUGUUAUCCACAAAAGUUCUGUCGUCGAUGUGAGGCUAAUUCGACGUGCAAAUUUGCAACAUAAAAAAACCAUUUAUUUGCACAAAGUUUGCAAAAAGUAAUGAUUUACGAUUACCGGUGGCAUUUUACGUAAAACGAAAUACAUAUAAUAUAUAAAUUAAUGCGAUUGUGUAAGGAAAUUAAACAAAAGUAAAAUUAAAAUUGGGCUGCGGCUGUAUUGUGAGAAGGAAAUUGAAGUAAAAGUAGACAAAAUAACACGACAUAACAGAGAAGCAAAGAAGCGAACAUAAAUAAAUUAAACGCCUUUAAAUAACAAGGAAACGAACGAACAUACGAACGAGUAAAUAGAACAAAAACAAAUAAAAGCAAAUUAAAUUUGAUUUGUAAAUAUAAGCGGCAGCGGCGACAGUAUCUAGCAGCAAACAAUCCAAGGCCAGACCGCGCCCCGCACACACCGCAACACCUUUAUCUCAGAAAGAAAUCAGUUUCUUUCUGUAAUAUAACUAAAUUGUUCGGCAGUAAAUUUUAUGUCGAACAACCAAGUAAAUAUUGGUGGCGGCGGUGGUGCCGGUGGCAGCGGCAGCGGCGCUAGUAGUGGAGGCAGUAAUUCUCAAGCACCUACACAACAAACUUUACCUGUUGUUGGUGUAUCAAACAGUUCUGGUUUAAAAAUACCUUCUACAGAUGGUUCUAAUAUAGCAGCAGAUAAUUCGCCGAGGGAAUCAGGCGAUGAUUCGGAAGAUGAAAGUGAAAUUUUGGAAGAAUCGCCAUGUGGAAGAUGGCUUAAACGACGUGAAGAAGUUGAUCAGCGCGACGUACCGGGCAUUGAUUGUGUGCAUUUAGCAAUGGACACAGAAGAAGGUGUUGAAGUCGUGUGGAACGAGGUGCAAUAUGCUAAUUUACAGGAGCUUAAGAGUCAAGAAGACAAAAUGCGACAGGUGUUCGAUAAUCUGUUAUUAUUGGAUCAUCAAAAUAUAGUCAAAUUUCAUCGUUAUUGGACAGAUACAACAAAUUCAGACAGGCCGCGAGUUAUAUUUAUAACAGAAUAUAUGUCAUCGGGGUCAUUAAAACAGUUCCUGAAGCGUACUAAACGCAAUGCAAAACGACUACCUUUAGAAGCAUGGCGACGAUGGUGCACGCAAAUACUCUCCGCGCUUAAUUACUUGCAUUCCUGUACGCCGCCCGUUAUUCACGGCAACCUUACCUGUGAUAGCAUUUUUAUCCAGCACAAUGGUCUGGUCAAAAUUGGUUCUGUAGUACCAGACGCAGUGCACUACAGUGUACGGCAGCAUAAAGCUGAAUUCGUAGAUCACGGAUCGCAAUAUUUUAUCGCUCCAGAAUAUGGUGCUGCUGAACAACUGACGGCUGCUGCUGACAUUUACGCCUUUGGCAUGUGUGCGUUAGAAAUGGCUGCACUUGAAAUACAACCAACAAGUGGUACUGAAGUAACAGACUCCAUCGAUGACGAAACCAUAUUACGAACUAUUAAUAGUUUGGAACAUGAUCUGCAGCGGGAUUUGAUAUUCAAAUGUUUACGCCGUAAUCCAGCUGAGAGGCCAAGUGCGAGCGAUUUGUUAUUUCACCCAUUGUUAUUUGAGGUACAUUCACUUAAACUGCUGUCCGCACAUUGUUUAGUCUUCUCGCCCAGAAAUCGAACAAAUUUCUCUGAAACAGUAGUGGAUGCCAUGAUGCAGCGGUACAACAGGCCGGAUGUAAUAAUGGCAAGAAUAACUCAGUCUGGUGAUAGCAGAGAAUAUCGUUUGGCAGAUGUUCCAACAGCUGAUAAACUGGAAAAAUUUGUUGAAGAUGUGAAAUAUGGUGUGUAUCCGCUUACCGCAUUAGGUGGCAAAAAGCCGCCACAUUUUCGAUCCAGAGCUGCGUCCCCCGUUCGUGCAGAUUCUAUAAAAUCAGUUACGCCUGAACCUAUAGACAUUGAAUCCCGACGAAUUGUAAAUAUGAUGUGCAGUGUAAAAAAAUUGAGGGAGGAUAGUAGAGACAUAUCGAUGACUAUAUUGUUACGUAUGGAUGACAAAAUGAAUCGGCAAUUAACAUGCCAAGUAACAGAAGAAGAUACUGCUGUAGAUUUAACCAAUGAACUCGUACGUCUUGGUUUUGUUCAUAUAGAAGAUAAAGAAAAAAUUGAAAUAUUGCUUGAGGAAACACUAAGUGGAAGUUUCGGGCUUGGAGAUCAGGAGCAAGAUGUAGAACCACUUCCUUACAAUACAAUUAUGAGUGAGCCUACAAAUGUGGAGCCAGAUACUGAUGCAACUAGUAGGACUGAUAUUGCUGAAGCAGCGGCGAGUGAGUUGAAUCAAUUAGAUCGAAGUUGGUCCGUGGCCGAAACAAAUGCUACUGUCCCUAUUGAACAAAAUAUUCCAGUAGAACAUAAUAUAAGUACACCUGUUCCACAAGAGCAGUUGAUACUGGAUUUUACUUUACGGCAACAAGAUCGACUGCUAGAGGAACAACAAAUAGAACAACAUCAAUUGGAGUUGUUACAAGAGAUACAACAAACUCAGCUUGAUAUGCUACCGAAACUUGAUCCUUUACUAGGGACAUCCACUACAACCUCCUCCCCCUCUGCCACAGCCACUAUAAAUAAGUAGAAUUAAAAUUAUUUUAAAUAUGCUAUUUAAAUUUAAAAAUAUUAAAAAUUUUAAAUGUUAUUACAAACACAAUUGCCACAGCGCAAUUGUGUGAGUCAGACAAUUGUUUUUAUAAAUUAUGAUCAUAAUUAUU